AUGGCCGAUGCGCCCGCGCAGUUCCGGCGCACUCUCAUGCAAGCUCAAUCAUUUUCUUUAACGUUCACGCACGUCUACGCUGCCCUUGUCGCAGUCCUCAACAGCAAGUUCCCGCAAAUAGGCUUGCUGCUGCUCAAUAGGCUGAUCAUUCAGUUCCGUCGGGGCAUCAGACGCAAUGACAAAAGCAUCUGCCUCUCUUCCAGCCGUUUCAUUGCCCAUCUAAUGAACCAGCAGGUGGCACAUGAAGUUGUUGCUCUUGAAAUAUUGACUUUUCUGCUUGAAAAAGUUCAGGACGCAACUGAUGACUCAGAACUCGGAGAUAAAUCCCGGAACAGCUGCGCUGAGCUAGCCGCGGCGUUUCUUAGAGAGUGCGGGCAGAAGCUUCAGGAACUUAGUCCACGAUGCAUGGUUCGGAUAUUUGAAAGUUUGAAAAACAUUAUCAACGAAGGCAAACUUGAAGAGAGAGUCAAGUAUAUGUUUGAAGCUAUCUGGACUGAAGGAAGGAAUGGUUUUAAGGACAAUCCUGCCAUUCUGGAAGAGCUUGAUUUGGUGGAAGAGGAUGAUCAAGUCACACACGUAGCCGAGUUGGAUGGCAAGUUGGAUAGCGAAGACAUUCUCAAUGUAUUCAAGCACGAUCCCGAAUUUGAGGUUAACGAAGAGAAGUACAAGGAAAUUCGAGCUAGCCUUUUGGGCGAGUCCAGCGACGGGGAAGACGGUGAGGAUGGCAGUGAGUCAUCUGGGUCGGAUAGCGACGAUGAAGAAGAUGAAGACAAAGAAAAUGCUGGUCAAGAUAUUUUGGACCAAACUGAGAGCAAUAUGCUGGCCUUCAGACGCACUAUCUACCUCACUCUAAGGUCAUCUCUGACAGUCGACGAAGCUACGCACAAAAUUCUCAAAGGGAAUAUCAAACCUGGAUGGGAGAUGGAGCUUGGUAACAUGAUUCUGGAUUGCUGUGCUCAAGAGCGCACGUUUAUGAAGUUUUUUGCUCUCAUAGCCCAGCGUUUCUGUGGCAUCAACCGCGUGUAUCGGGACUGUUUUCAGGAGAUAUUCAAGACCGCCUACGAGACUUGCCACAGACUUGACACUGACAAGAUGCGCAAUGUUGUGCGGUUGUUCGCUCAUCUCUUUGUGACGGACGCCAUCUCUUGGGAGGUUUUCAGCAUUGUUCUGCUCAACGAAGACAACACCACCAGCUCAUCCAGAGUCUUCCUCAAAAUCCUCUUUCAAGAAAUGGCUGAAUUUCUCGGUCUGAGCAAAUUGAACGACCGACUUGGUGACCCGACGAUGAGCUGCGCGUUCGAGGGCCUUCUGCCGCGCGACAAUCCCCGUAACACGCGCUUCGCUAUCAACUUCUUCACCUCCAUUGGCCUCGGUGGCCUCACCGACGGCCUUCGGGAGUUCCUACGCACGCAACCGAAACCAACCGCCAUCGUCGCACCCGUCAUCCAAAAGGGGGAUGGUGAAGACAGCUCAAGCAGCAGCAGUAGUAGCAGUAGCAGCAGCAGCAGUAGCAGCAGCAGUGAAAGCAGUGACAACAAUGAGAGCAGCAGCAGUAGCAGCAGUGAAAGUAGUGACAGCAGCAGUAGCAGCAGUGACAGCAGUUCUUCUGACGAUGAUUCGUCAAGUGGUGCAUCAGUCCAGGACGGGCGUCGCGGACGCGCUAAGAAAGCAGGAGCUCGUGACAGGGAGAGAAGAACCAGCGGCUCGUCAGCCGCGGUCCCAGCGCUGACAGAUCGUCAGGGCGGUAAUGCCAGGCGACGACGGGACACGUCGACGCGCCGUUCUCAACGAGACGUGAGCGUGGACCGACGAGGCAGCGCACGAGACCAGCCUCGAAGACAAGACUCUGCAUCUAAGCGAGUCUCUGACAUCGAGACUCACCGAGACCGCAGGCAUCGCAGCAGAGACGACAGCAGGGCGAGACGCAGGCAUUGAAGCGUCUGUACUUACAUGCCGUUUUUUUUCAUCCCUCCCAGAUGAAAACUAUCUAUUAUUAAAUUCUUGAUUUAUGCAAUCAACUUCUUAUUUUGUUAGGAUUGCAUCGUUUCGGCGAUUGCAAUUUUCCAGCAAAACUUUUUCAGAGUCAUUGUAUAUGUAAUUUCAUCUGAAAUAGGUUAAUUAAUCAGACAAGUUGUGAGGUACGGUAGUUCUCAUUUUUCAUUGACGUUACUUUCAGGAAUGUGCGCAGAACGAAAUUAUAUUAGAAACAUUUCUAUGUGCAUUGUGUUCCUCAACGUUAAUCUUGAUCCGAAUCCUAUUUUUUAUCCGUAUAUAGAUUAUCUUUUCGUUGAUACUAGAUAGAGUUCAUGUUUGAAAUGGCUUGUGAGCUUUUCUCCAAGUUCAGUUUCUAUAAAUUAAUAUUUGUUGAGGUUUGAAAGCAUUGGUAGUCGAAACUUACCAUUCUCGGUCGUAAUGUUAUGCAAAUAAUGAUUAGUUACUCGUCAAAUGUCAUCCCAAAUUUGCACUACGCAAUAUCUGACUGUUACUUUCUAUUCUGCUUUACCACGGUAGGACGAAUUCAUGAUAUUUUCAAUGAUUUUUCUUAUGUUCUCAUGAAUAGUUUGAAGUAGAAUACAAUUUCCCCGAGCUAGUGUAUUGUAGCAAUAUAUAAUUUACCUUCUGAUUGCGCUGAAAAGCAUGGCAAAAAGGUGAGCACAGCUACGAUUUAACAUUUUUUCUUCGGGCAUCGGCAGCUCGUGGAAGUCUGUUCUUUGGUUGCGAGGAGAUCACAGCUACCCUGCUUGUCAGGGUGUACUUUGAAGCUGCCAUUUUUGCUUGUGUCUCACCAUCAUUCUAUUGGAAAUUGUAUAUCAGUAUUGUUUAAUGCUGCGUUUGGCAUUGAAAUUUAACGUGACAUCUCCGAGAAAUGAAUUGUGGAACUAUUUGUUUCUAUUACGUAGUAAUGGUAGUAUCCAUCAUGAGCCAGGUCUUGUGGAACAUACUUUUACCCAUUGACAUUGUCAACUUGGAUCCAUGGAAUUCUCUUCGGUGAAAGUAGUAAGUGUGUAGAUGUUAGUUUGAAAUUGUGUGUGGCUUAAAGUAUGACAAUUAAAUAUUUAAAAUGGUGAGUGCAUUCUUUGCCAGCGUCGCAUUCCAUAUGGAAAUGGGGUAUCCCCUAUAAAUCAUGCAGUUGAACUGCUAAUUUCGUACAUCGUUAGUGAAAAUAAAUAAAACCUAGAAAAUUUCAAGAUUCCGAAAGCGAUUUUUGUACAUGUUAUAUAAAUUGUACUGUAAUGAAGUGAAAGAGGGUGC